AUGCCCAUAUGUGCCAUCUCUAGUGGCAAUGAGCAUAUAUGCCAUCUCUAUAUAGUGGCCAUGAAAAUAUAUGCCACCUCUCUAGUGGCCAUGAGCAUAUAUGCCACCUCAUUAGUGGCCAUGAGCAUAUAUGCCACCUCUCUAGUGGCUAUGAGCAUAUAUGCCACCUCUCUAGUGGCCAUGAGCAUAUAUGCCACCUAUCUAGUGGCCAUGAGCAUACAUGCCACCUAUCUAGUGGCCAUGAGCAUAUAUGCCACCUAUCUAGUGGCCAUGAGCAUAUAUGCCACCUCUCUAGUGGCCAUGACCAUAUAUGCCACCUCUCUAGUGGCCAUGAUCAUAUAUACCACCUUACUAGUGGCCAUGAUCAUAUAUGCCACCUCUCUAGUGGCCAUGAGCAUAUAUGCCACCUAUCUAGUGGCCAUGACCAUAUAUGCCACCUCUCUAGUGGCCAUGAUCAUAUAUACCACCUCUCUAGUGGCCAUGAUCAUAUAUGCAACCUAUCUAGUGGCCAUGAGCAUAUAUGCCACAUAUCUAGUGGCCAUGACCAUAUAUACCACCUCUCUAGUGGCUAUGAGCAUAUAUGCAACCUAUCUAGUGGCCAUGAGCAUAUAUGCCACCUCUCUAGUGGCUAUGAGCAUAUAUGCAACCUAUCUAUUGGCCAUGAGCAUAUAUACCACCUAUCUAGUGGCCAUGACCAUAUAUGCCACCUCUCUAGUGGCCAUGAGCAUAUAUGCCACCUCUCUAGUGGCCAUGAGCAUAUAUGCCACCUAUCUAGUGGCCAUGAGCAUAUAUGCCACCUCUCUAGUGGCCGUGAGCAUAUAUGCCACCUAUCUAGUGGCCAUGAGCAUAUAUGCCACCUCUCUAGUGGCCGUGAGCAUAUAUGCCGCCUCUCUAGUGGCCAUGAUCAUAUAUGCCACCUAUCUAGUGGCCAUGACCGUAUAUGCUAUCUUUUGCAAUCAGCCCCGCCAUCAAACUAUAGUAAUUUACAAUGUUCCAACUUCGAUGAGUGUUGACUUCAUACAUCAAUUGUCUAAUGGACAAAAACUUGAAUUUGUUGUUACAUUUUAA